AUGGCGGGGGACGGGGAGGACGAGGUGCCGGCGAUGGGCGGAGACAAGCUGAUCCUGCGGGGGCUGCAGUUCCACGGCUUCCACGGCGUGAAGCAGGAGGAGAAGAAGCUGGGCCAGAAGUUCGUGGUCGACGUGGACGCCUGGAUGGACCUCGCCGCCGCCGGGGACUCCGACGACAUCGCCCACACCGUCAGCUACACCGACAUCUACAGGAUAGCCAAGGGCGUGGUGGAAGGCCCGUCGCGGAACCUCCUGGAGUCGGUGGCGCAGUCGAUCGCCGGCACCACGCUGCUCGAGUUUCCCCAGAUCUCCGCCGUCCGGGUGAAGGUCGGGAAGCCCCACGUCGCGGUGCAGGGCGUCGUCGACUACCUCGGGGUGGAGAUACUGAGGAGGCGCAGAGAGGCAUGA